GCUGCCGCCCGCUGUGACCGCGCUUCCAGGCAGGCGGGCGCCGGCCGGGCUUUCCCCGAGGGCCGCGCACCCCUCGGACCCGCCGACCGCCCCUCCACCCCCGGCGGCGGCGGCGGCGGCGGCGGCGGCGGCGGCAGGGCGCGGAGCCGAGGCUGCGCAGGCACACGCCGGGAGAAUGGACGGGGCCGGGGAGCGCAGCCUCCCGGAGCCGGAGCCGGAGCCGGAGCCGGGCAGCCAGAGCUCCCGGGCGGGCGACGACAUCGAGAUCAUCGUCAACGUGGGGGGCGUGCGGCAGGUGCUGUACGGGGACCUCCUCAGCCAGUACCCCGAGACCCGGCUGGCGGAGCUCAUCAACUGCUUGGCCGGGGGCUACGACACCAUCUUCUCCCUGUGCGACGACUAUGACCCGGGGAAGCGGGAGUUCUACUUCGACAGGGACCCGGACGCCUUCAAGUGUGUCAUCGAGGUGUACUAUUUUGGGGAGGUCCACAUGAAGAAGGGCAUCUGUCCCAUCUGCUUCAAGAACGAGAUGGACUUCUGGAAGGUGGACCUCAAGUUCCUGGACGACUGCUGCAAGAGCCACCUGAGCGAGAAGCGCGAGGAGCUGGAGGAGAUCGCGCGCCGCGUGCAGCUCAUCCUGGACGACCUGGGCGUGGACACGGCCGAGGGCCGCUGGCAGCGCUGCCAGAAGUGCGUCUGGAAGUUCCUGGAGAAGCCCGAGUCGUCGUGUCCGGCGCGGGUGGUGGCCGUGCUGUCCUUCCUGCUCAUCCUCAUCUCCUCCGUGGUCAUGUGCAUGGGCACCAUCCCCGAGCUGCAGGUGCUGGACGCCGAGGGCAACCGCGUGGAGCACCCGACGCUGGAGAACGUGGAGACGGCGUGCAUCGGCUGGUUCACGCUGGAGUACCUGCUGCGCCUCUUCUCCUCGCCCAACAAGCUGCACUUCGCCCUGUCCUUCAUGAACAUCGUGGACGUGCUGGCCAUCCUCCCUUUCUACGUGAGCCUCACGCUCACGCACCUGGGCGCCCGCAUGAUGGAGCUGACGAACGUGCAGCAGGCGGUGCAGGCCCUGCGGAUCAUGCGCAUCGCGCGCAUCUUCAAGCUGGCGCGCCACUCUUCCGGGCUGCAGACCCUCACCUAUGCCCUCAAGCGCAGCUUCAAGGAGCUGGGGCUGCUGCUCAUGUACCUGGCCGUGGGCAUCUUCGUCUUCUCCGCCCUGGGCUACACCAUGGAGCAGAGCCACCCCGAGACCCUGUUUAAGAGCAUCCCCCAGUCCUUCUGGUGGGCCAUCAUCACCAUGACCACCGUGGGCUACGGCGACAUCUACCCCAAGACCACCCUGGGCAAGCUCAACGCGGCCAUCAGCUUCCUGUGUGGGGUCAUUGCCAUCGCCCUGCCCAUCCACCCCAUCAUCAACAACUUCGUCCGGUACUACAACAAGCAGCGCGUCCUGGAAACCGCAGCCAAGCACGAGCUGGAGCUGAUGGAGCUCAACUCCAGCAGUGGGGGCGAGGGCAAGGCGGGGGGCUCGCGAGGCGACCUGGACCACCUCCCGCCGCCGCCGCUGCCGGAGCCCGCCGGGAAGGAGGGGCCCAGCUGGAGCAGCCGCCUGAAGCUCUCCCACAGCGACACCUUCAUCCCCCUGCUGACCGAAGAGAAGCACCACAGGACCCGGCUCCAGAGCUGCAAGUGAUGAGGCCCGUCCCGGCGUGGAUGGACCGGCCAGUGGAUAGACGGAUGGACGGACAGGUGUGACACACCUGUCAGUGACUGCCCGGGAGGGGCUGUCCUUUACCCCUCAACCCUCUCCUGAACAGAACUCUGAAGGCCCUCUUGAUGAGGCUGGGUAAGGUCCCUUUGUGCUGCCAGCUGUCCGGAGGCCCCGGGGGUGGGGUGGGGGAAGCAGCGUCUGCGAGUUCUGGACUCGAGUUGCAGGCAUCGUGGGGUGAUGGAGGCCGUGGUCUGGCGGAUGGCAGGAGCCCUGACCUGGUUCUGUAUCUCCUUCAAUAAAGCCUCCUGCUCUCUGCACCA